AUGGAGAAGGUCCCGAGUAUGGUUGAGGAAAAAGACUUCCAGAAUGAAGACCAAUCAAGGUCGCUGGAGAGCAACGACCCUCGAGGUCUAGUAUCUGACGAAGAGUCUACUCUUGGUGACGGGCCCAACGGCCUCGCCCAGGUGCUCACCAACGCCAGCGCAGUCGCAUGUACGCUCUCUGCAGUGCGCACGCGGGAGUCUGGGAAGGAAAUCGGCCCGCCGCCGGACGGGGGCUUCCAGGCCUGGCUCCAGGUCGCUCUAGGACAUAUGAUCAUCUUCAACACCUGGGGCUACAUCAACAGCUUUGGCGUCUUCCAAACGUACUAUACCACACGGUUGGACCGCUCUCCCUCCGACAUCUCAUGGGUGGGAAGUAUUCAGAUCUUCUUGCUCUUCUUCAUCGGGACAUUUUCUGGACGCGCGACAGAUGCCGGAUACUUUCGAUUCACUCUGACUAUAGGUGCCACACUGGAGGUGUUUAGUAUCUUCAUGACCUCGCUGUGCACUAAGUACUGGCAGCUCUUCCUGGCCCAGGGUCUGGGACAGGGUAUCGGCUGUGGUCUGAUGUUUUGCCCGACGCUGGCAUUGAUCUCCACCUACUUUGACAGAAAUCGUGGUAUCGCCAUCGGUCUGGUGGCUUCGGGAUCGGCUACCGGUGGUCUGGUCUUUCCAGCUGUCGUCAUGCGCAUGUUACCCGAAGUCGGAUAUGGAUGGACUAUGCGAACGCUCGGUUUCAUCACGAUGGCCACCUUGAUCCCCUGCCUGCUCUUCUUCAAGCAGCGACUACCGCCUCGCACCACCGGGCCGCUUGUCGAGUGGACCGCGUUCAAGGAGAUUCCCUACCUGCUCUUCGCGGUAGGUAUGUUCCUAAAUUUUUGCGGUCUAUACGUAGCCUUCUUCUACAUCGGUAGCUUCAGUCGCAACAUCGGAGUAUCCGAGCGGACCUCCAUCUAUCUGCUCAUGAUCAUGAACGGAGUCGGCAUCGUGGGCCGACUGGUGCCCAACCUGCUCGCCGACCAGUUUACAGGGCCGCUGAACCUGCUGAUUCCCUUCAGCUGCGCGACUGCAAUUGUUGCCUAUUGCUGGUCAGCCGUACACGACAUGUCCAGCCUGUAUGCCUUUGCUGUGUUCUAUGGUCUUUUCGCGGCAGGCAUUCAGUCGUUGUUCCCCGCCACGCUGAGCACUUUGACCACGGACUUGAAGAAGAUCGGUGUGCGAAUGGGCAUGGUGCUCAGUAUUGUGGCCGUGGCAGCUCUGAUCGGAUCGCCUAUUGCAGGUGCCCUGGUCUCGACGGACGAUGGCGAGUACCUUUAUGCGCAAAUGUUCAUGGGCAGUGCGAUUAUCGCAGGCACGGUCGUUUUGAUCGGAGCCCGAGUGACAACGGUGGGCUUGGGCCUUGCGCGAGUGUAA